GCCUUUUUUGGUAGUUCGAACACCCUGAAUGGUUUUCAAAAUCAUCUGCAAAUGCAACUUGCUGAACAUCCCAAUGACGUCCUGACAUGCCCGGCCUGUUACAACAGUUUGGACCCAACUUUGCCAGCAGCUUCUCUAGCUUCGAGGAGAUUCCCGGUCUCCCCGGUCUUGCCGGGGCGGGUCUCAGCGACCAGAAGCCAAAGCCAGCGCUGGACUGCAAAUGCUUUCGAUACCAAAAGGAAACCUUAGAUGAUGUGAAUCACUUGCAGCAGAACGUGAACUUCAUUCGGAAGUUGUUUGAGCCGAGUGACAUCACUCAAGAGAUGCUGGAUGGAGCCAAGGACGUCAUCGUCAAGAAACGCGAGAUGAAGGAGGAAGAGGCAGCAGCCAUCGACACCGGGGAGAGCUUUUGGUAUGCCAAGCUGUCCGAAGACAUCGCCAAGAAGGCCAAAAGUGGCUUGAAGGUGAAGAUUAAACGCGGCGAGGAAGAGAUGGAGGCAUGCCUGAAGUCCUAUCCGGAUGAUCUUGACGCACAAAAUAAUCUGCGCAAGAAGAGCAAGGCGAUUUGGGAGCUGUGUCCUCCUCCGGGAAAGAAGAAGGUGCCCGAUGAGGAUCCUUUGCCGUGUGGUGGGACUGAGAAGCUCUGAGAUGAGAAGUUCAAAUGGAAGUCUGGAGAUGUCAUGGAAUUUCUAGGAAGCUGUCGCAGUUCCUUAGCCAUGCGUCAUCCCAAGAUGAAAACAUACGAGGAGGACGAUGAUGAGCGUUUCAAACUUGCGGUGAGGGACAUGACCAAGGAGUAUCGCAAGAAGUUGGCCAAAGAGAAGGCGCAAGCCCUGAAGGCGGUGGCGGAGGCCCAGAAGGCCGACAAGUGAGCAGAGCCCAUCUUUUUCCCGAAACCGGUGGUGUUGGCAACGUUUAA